AUGGUUGCCCGUAGCACGGUGCGCGUCGACGGCCGCGCCGUCCAGACCAAGCUCACCGCGCGCUCCGCCGUCGCGCGCAGGUGGCUCUACACCACAUUGUGGCGCCACCGCCGCACACUCCACUCCGCCGCCGGCCUCACCGUGGGUCUGGACGUGCAGUGGACGCCGCCCUUCGGCAGGCUCCCCGCCGGAGCCGAGCCACGUCCGGGCACGCUGCAGCUGUGCGCGGGCAACCGAUGCUUGGUCUUUCAGCUCGCGCAGGCCGCCCGGGUGCCCCGGAUCCUCCGCCGGUUCCUGGCGGACGCCCGCGUCAUGUUCGCGGCCUACAACGUCGGCUCCGACCGCCGGAAGCUUUAUGCUCACCACGGGCUGGAGGUGCGGUCAGUGCUCGAGCUUCGCGGCGCUGCCGGCAUGGGCAACGCGUCCCUAGCGGACAUGGCGAGCAGACUGCUAAGAAUCCAUGGGGUGGAGAAACCGUGGGAGAUCCGCACUAGCGAGUGGGACGGGUUGAGACUGUCCCCGGAGCAGGUGAGGUACGCGUCCAUCGACGCCUACAUCUCGUGCUGCCUUGGCGUGUACCUCCGCCGGCGCGCCAUGGCAAGCAUAAAGUCGGAGACCGAGUCUUCCGACGACGACACCGAGUCCACGGCGAGUGAGUCCAUGGGGUAG